AUGGUGCUCUACAGCUUCUACAUCUUUGAUCGCCAUACCGAGUGCAUCUACUCGCGCCGCUGGACACCCCGUCCCGCUUCCUCGGGCAAGUCUGCGCGCCCGCAAUCGGCGUCGAGCAUCACGAGCAAUGGGGAUAGUGCCCCCACGCGCAAACCUCUCACCAACUCCGACGACCAGAAGCUUGUGUUUGGCCUCGUCUUCUCCCUGCGCAAUCUCGUCACCAAGCUCGGCGGCGACGACGACACCUUCCUCUCCUACCGCACCGGCGAGUACAAGCUCCAUUACUACGAGACGCCGACCCGCAUGAAGUUCGUCAUGCUCACAGACACAAAGGUGAACAACCUGAGGCCGUAUCUCCACCAGAUCUGGGCGAACCUGUAUGUCGAGUAUGUCGUCAAGAACCCAUUGGCGCCUACCGAGCAUCCGUCUGGCAUCGGCGUUGCGAAUGAGCUGUUUGAGCGAGGGCUGGAGGCCUUCAUCACUGCAGUGUUGCCGGUAUGA